AUGCAAGGUCCGGCAGUUUUUAUGGAUAUAUCUCUUGAAGAUCAAGCUCUGGAGCUAAGGAAAUACUUCAAAAGCCUGGGCGCCGAAAUUGCGGAGGAGAAAUCACCAAAAGGAAUCGAAGACGAUUUACACAAAAUUGUAGGAGUUUGUGAUGUAUGCUUUAAGGAACAAAAUGAAUCUGAAAUUGAAGCUAUACUCAACAGUAUUGUUUCUAUUAUGGUGUCCAUUCCUCUGGAAAGGGGUGAAAAUCUGAUAGUGGCUUUUAGCCAAAGGCUAAGCAAGGCACCUGGACCUAAACUUGGAGUGGUUGUAGUACAAUCAUUAUGGCGUCUUUACAACAAUUUGGAGCCAAACUCCCCUUUGCGCUAUCAUGUAUAUUACCAUGUGAUUGAGCUGGCAGCCCGUGUUGGGUAUGUGCGUGAGGUGUUCACUGGUGUGGAGCAGCUCAGAAAAGAGUUUGCUGGAUGCCCACCAUCUAAUGAACAAAUGCAGAAACUGUACAGACUAUUACAUCAAGUAUUAAAGGAUCAAAAUAGUGAAUUAGCUGCAAAGGUUAUGAUCGAACUGCUGGGCACUUACACAGAUGAGAAUGCUUCUUAUGCAAGAGAAGAUGCCAUCAAAUGUAUAGCAACUGCAUUGGCAGAUCCCAACACAUUCCUACUAGAUCCAUUGCUUUCUCUAAAACCUGUAAGAUUCCUAGAAGGUGAACUCAUUCAUGACUUGCUCACAAUUUUUGUAUCAGAGAAAUUAUCUAGCUAUCUCAAAUUCUACAACAGUCAUAAAGAAUUUGUUCAUUCUCAAGGGCUCAAUCAUGAACAGAAUGUCAAGAAAAUGAGGAUAUUAUCCUUUAUGCAGAUGGCUGAAUCAAACCCAGAGAUCACUUAUGAUGAGAUUAUAUCUGAACUGCAAAUCGAAGAGAAGGACGUAGAAGCCUUUAUCAUUGAAGUGUUGAAGACUCGGCUGGUGCGCGCGCGCAUGGACCAGGCGGAGCGCGCGGUGCGCGUGUCGCACACCAUGCACCGCACGUUCGACCGCGCGCAGUGGCAGACGCUGCGCGACGUGCUGCUGGCGUGGCGCGCCAACGUGCACUCCGCGCACGACGCCAUGAAGUCCGUCGCCGCCGCGCAGAUCGAGUACUCCACGCAGAACCAGAAGGCCUAG